GUGUUUGAUUGUCAUGGCCGUGUUCAAGUUCACCGUGGGUCUGCUGGCCCUGCUGCUGGUUGCCUUUGCCUGGGCUGAGGAGGUGGAGACUGAUGAGAUUGUGGAAGACACCAAUGCUGAGCUGUCUGUGUCUGAGCUGCUGGAGAGAGCCAACAGGGACCGCACUCCUGACUUUGACGAGCCUGAGCUGAUGGGAGACAUCGCCAUCGACUCUGCUGAUGAAAGGAACGCUGACCCCUGCACCUCCAGGGGCUGCAUGUGGCAAAAGUACAGUGAUGGCAAGGUCUACGUGCCCUACGUCAUUCAGAACCACUACUCUUCCCGCGAGCUGUCCAUCAUCCAGCGUGGUCUGGACUCCUUCUCCUCCAUGUCCUGCAUCCGCUUCAAGCGCCGCAGCAACGAGAGGGACUACCUCAGCAUUGAGUCUCGCAAUGGAUGCUACUCUUACAUUGGUCGUACUGGAAACGCUCAGACCGUGUCCCUGAGCCGCUCCGGCUGCCUGUACCACAACACCGUCCAGCACGAGCUGCUCCAUGCUCUGGGUUUCAACCACGAGCAGACCCGCAGCGACCGUGACAACCACAUCCGCGUUGUCUGGGAGAACAUCAUCGAUGACAUGAAGCACAACUUCAACAAGGUCAACACCCUGAACCAGGGAACUCCCUAUGACUACAACUCUGUUAUGCAGUACCACAAGACCGCCUUCUCCAAGAACAACCAACCCACCAUGGUGCCCAUUCCCAACAGCAACGUUGCGAUUGGCCAGGCCACCCAGAUGAGCCAGAACGACAUCAACAGGCUCAACAGGCUGUACAAGUGCUAGGUUUACCAACACUGAUCAGGACAACAGCCAGGUGUUCUGAAGGAAGACUGAGGGAGAUAUCCAGAUGUUUACAUUUCUGGAACUUUAAUCUCAUCUGAUUUGAUAGCAAUGCUUUGCUACACAGCAAUUCAAAAUGUACUCCCUCAAUAAAACAUCAGAAUUGAGUGCAAAAUCAAA